AUGAAUAAAUCUGGAGCUGCGCUCCUAUUACUGUGGUCGCUUUGGUCGACAGUGGGAGCAGGACUCAGCGAUGCCACGCCUAAUACAGAGACGCUCGACAGGAGAGAGCAGGAGGACCGAUUAGAGAGACUGAUGGGAUCGGAAUGGUCUAUAAUACAAAAUGAAAAUGGAAAAGAUCGAAGAAGACAACUCCAGCCGGCGUUGCUCACCCCGACCACAGUGGCCCUUUCUCUACCAAUAGCAACCACAUUAGAGGACCACCACCUCCAACAUCGCCAGGCCGGUGGGAAGGAUGAUAAGAGUAAAGAGGGCGAUGAUAAUGACAGCGACGGCAAAACCCCUAAAUCACCAGCCGACGUUGUAAGUAGUCUCAUAUCCAGCAGGGUGUCAACCAGCGUAUCGAGCAGCGUUGCGGCCAGCGUGUCCGCCGCCUUUUCGACAUCGCUUGCGCAAGUCUCAGAAUCGGCAUCUAGUGCCAUAUCAUCCGCGCGUGAGGCAGCGCGCACUCUAGAACCGAUAUCACCUACAACAGGAGCUACUACAUUAGCAACAACCGAUGCCUUCGUUACUUCGUCGCAAGCGAAUAGUAUCGCUACCGAUGAACUGCCAGCAGUAGCCGCUACCACAGCGGGUGUCGCGAAUGCCCAAGAGAGCGCUGCUACGGCUAGCGCAAGUAACGUCUCGACUCAAGGGUCAUCACUCACACCAGGGGCCAUCGCGGGCCUGGUCAUAGGAAUCGCAAUCGCAUCAUCAUUGCUCUCAGCUAUACUUACAUAUCUUUUCAUGCGCCGGCGCGCGAGACAGCAACAAGAGCCACAAAGCAAAUUCCCACCCAGCCCACCGCCACAACUCAGCCCUAACUCUGGGAGCCGUGGAUUUAUGAAUCACUCCCAUUCCCACACACUCUCUAAUGACCUCUCGAUAUUCCAGAUGACAUACACCUCUCCAACGCCCACGAACCACAACCGAGCGGCCAACUUCAGCAGCGACUUCACGCCAGACACGAAGCAGCGGUUCGCCCCGGCUUCCACUCCAGCUCCGGCAUCAACACUAGUGGCCGCACCAUCUGCAACAGAAUACCCAGCAAUGGCGCAAACCACACAGCACGCCACAAGGCUUUCCGCACCUCCCGCAAAGCGCACAUCUCGCGUGCGCUCCCGCCCGCCUCGCCUUUCAGACCCUUCCGUCGAUGACGGUCUCGGCCCCGUAUUUCCCGUCUCGCCAUUAAGUUCCGAAGGCGACGGCCCAUACAGGAGCACCAGCAUGCGCACAGACCGACGCCCGUCACCGCUAAGCUACGAGGGAGGCGGCGGCGGUAGUACAAUCCCCCGCUCCACAUCAGCGCGGCUAUCGCUCGCGCGCCAGCAGAGUCUUAACGGCGGACAACGAGCGCAUCUCGUACGCGUGGGCAGUCAGCGGAGUCCGGAGAGGGAAAGACAUGGCGGUGGUGAUGGGCAUUUGGCUGCGUCGGGGCAGGGACAGGGACAGGGGCACGGCGAGGGCCUGACUCGGUUGUACUCGUUUACGACGGAUACGAGCGAGAAUGGAAAUUCGACGGGCAGCGGUGAUGCGCAGCCGCAGCCGAGUUAUCUACAGCCGCGGCCGCUGGUCAAGUACGCGGGCUCGAGUAAUACCGGUAACUCCUCGCCCGGACUACAGGUCCAGUCGCCGGUCCCGAGGAGACCGGUUGGGCCGUAUUACUUUGAGAAGGGGAAUAAUUACUAUUAG